AUGUCCUCGCCUGAGCAGUCGCUGUCCAUGCAACCACCCCCUUCACCGUCGAUACCAAUCGAUCCUGCUUUAGCCUUGUACCCUCCAUACUACACAAAUUAUUCCCAGCCGCCCCAGCACCUUCCACCUCACCUUUCUCUACCUUCAAACUACUCUUCGCCUUCGUCGCAGGGUUCUGACACUAUUGGAACCCCCCCAACCGAACACAUGUUUCCGACAUCGUCCAACGCCAAUGGCAAGAGACCGGCACCCUCUGGCAAUGAUUCCAGGAAAAAAGCACGUAAGGAUGAUGAUUCCGACGUUCGUAGCCCAACUGCGGAGAAGGAAGAGAAGGCAAAGCCGACGAGAGGAUCUCGUGCUUGCACUGUAUGUCGCCGACUGAAAAUGAAGUGCGUCGGUGCGGAGCAAGGUCCUCCGUGCAAGCGCUGUCAAGCCGGAAAUCAUGAAUGUAUCUUCGAAGAAUCUAACAGGGGUAAAAGAUCUUCCAAAAAACACGAACUGCUGACGAGGUCAAUCAGGAAAAUGGAACGGACGUUAGACACUGUUCUCAAGUCGAUUGGCAACCCGUCUAUUGCUUCUGGGAUGUUGUCGCGUUCUCCCUCGCCUAGUCCUGCAACAGCAACCACGCAGGCAUUAAUUGCAGCAUCGCCUUCUUCCCACUCUCCUGGAUCAUACCAUCGUCAAACGCCGGGUUCACCGAAACUUCAUUCUCUCCCUGACAAUGCCCUGAAUCCUCUGGGUCUAUUGGCAGAAGGCCAUGGUAUGCUUGCAAGGGGCGCCGAAGCGAACGGAACGCCGGUGCUUGGCGUUGCUAGCGACAAUUACUUUAAGCCCGGUCCUAUGACGAUUCUGCCACUACGUCGUCUCUACAUUGAACGCCAAGUGCAACCCGAAAUGCUUAGUUUUGUCUCUACAAAUGAGGUGGUCAAACUGUUUAAAAUGUUUAUGCAUUCAAAUCUCUUGGAUAAGAAUUUCCAUACCCCUUCCCUCGUGUGUUCUCGAUCGCCAUUCUUAUUGACUACCAUCUGUGCUAUAUCCAGCAAAUUCUAUACCGAGAAGCCGGACUUACACCCGCGGCUUAAUGAGCUCGCCAAGAAACUCGCAUUCAGCGUUCCAGCGCGUGGAUACAAGUCUCUGGAGAUUGUUCAAGCGUACUUGCUUCUCACCCUUUGGGGGUGUGGUGCCGUUGAACGUUUCGAACAAGAUAAGACCUGGCUUCUUUUGGGCAUGGCCAUCAGGAUGGCGACAGAUUUAAACUUGCAUAGAAAAACCACUGUUUCCGCGCAAGAUGGCCAGGAUGCUCGGGCACGCGAAAUCGAGGUUCAUAACCGAGAACGAACGUGGAUAUUCUGCUUUUGUCUUGACAGAAGCUUCAGUGCGCAGAUGGGUAAACCUUAUUCAAUCAAAGAAGAUUUUAUUAUUCGGAACGUCGAUAAAUGGUGUAGUCUCCCGUGUGCCGCGCCGUCCGAUGCGGCAUUAGCCGCAUAUGCUGAACUACAAGCAAUACUGUCACGCAGUCUUGAUUUCCUUUAUUCUAAUACCGAGUCCGGUAAUGGACUGCAUACAACUUUGGACUACUUGUUGAUCAUCAGGACGUUCGAGGACCAAAUAUUUACUUUCAGGCGUAAAUGGAUCGCCAGUUCUGAAACGACCAACGACAAGGUUUCCAUUGAACAUGAAUACAAAGCCAGAAUAUCCGAGUUUUACUUCAAUUACACUCUACUCGUCCUGAAUUCGUUCGGCUUGCAAAACGCUAUUGAAUCUGCGCCUCUCAAUGUCGGCCAUUUCUUCGCAAGAGUCCAUACGUCUGCCAUCAACUGCGCUACAAUCGUCCGCGAUCACUUGGGUCCGAACGGUUUCAUGAAAUAUUCCCCCGAUUCUCAUAGUGUUCAAACGUCGUACGCGGUACUCAGCUUGCUCAAGUUGGUCCGCCCAGAAUUCUCCGCAUAUCUGGAGGACGAGCAAAAGACUCUCACUCUAUGCCAUGACGUCGCAGAUGUGCUGGAGAAGGUUUCCGUCAGUCCCCAUCACACCACUGCGCUAUACGGCGGAUUUCUGAAAGCACUCAUCACGGCAAAAAUGGAAGCCUCAUGGCGAAGAUGGGUCCUGCCUAUGGAUAUAUCCACUUUCCCCCCAACGAUGGCGCCUAAUCCAUCGGAGGAGGACAUCCACAAUGCGAAUGGCAUGACUAUGGAUAGCAUCCUGAGCAGCAACUUCUGGGAUAGUGUGUUGGUACCAGGGUUCAAUCGCAUGGAUGGCCUCAGUGGCGGCUUCGUCUUUGGUGCCAAUGGGAGCGGACUGAUUACCCCUCGAAUUGGUCUAUCGCCCUAUCAUUCAGGUGCCAACACUCCUUUGAUGAAUGGACACGGUGAUUUGACACAAAUGUCGAUCAAUGCUGCGUUUGACCAGCAAUCUGACGGCAUAACGGUCAAGCUUGACUCGUAG